AGCCUCCUCCGCAGUUACCAAGGUUCAGCUUCACGGGAGCAUGCACAGGCUCGGUCCUCUGGGCCCUCGCCUCCAGCCGGCUGACCCGGAAGGCCCCCCAGGCGGCCCGCAGCAUGAUCUCCAUCAGCGAGGGUCAGAAGAUCGGCGUCGGCGUCACCGGCUUCGGCAUCUUCUUUAUCCUCUUUGGGAUACUCCUGUACUUUGACUCUGUGCUCCUGGCUUUCGGAAACCUGCUGUUCCUGACCGGCCUCUGCUUCAUCAUCGGCCUGAGGAGGACGUUCUCCUUCUUCUUCCAGCGGCACAAGCUCAAGGGCACCAGCUUCUUCCUUGGCGGCGUGGCCAUUGUGCUCCUGCGCUGGCCCCUGCUGGGCAUGCUCCUGGAGACCUACGGCUUCUUCAGUCUCUUCAAGGGCUUUUUCCCUGUGGCCUUUAGCUUCCUGGGCAACGCCUCCAACAUCCCCUUCCUGAGUGCGCUGUUCCGGAGGCUUCAAGGCACCAGCUCAAUGGUCUGAACCAGAGAUGAGCUCCUUGAACUUGGAUCGCUGAUUAAGUGGGCUGGAAGGGAACAGGCAGCCACCCCCAAGGCCCCCACCCAGCGCUGGCUCAGUCCCUGUCGUCACGAGCCUCCUCAAGUCCUGAAGCAAGGAUGGAGCUGUGUGACUUCAAACUGAGUCAACUCAAAAGGCCACUGGAGGGCUGGGGUUUAGCUCAGCAGCACAGCGCCUGCCUGGCAAGCGCGAGGUCGUGAGUUCGAUUCCCGGUACCGGAAACCCCCCCACCAAAAAAAAAACCCAAAAAAUAAAAGGCCACUGGAACAGUUGGGGGCAGAGAUCACAGCCCCACGAAACCUGACUGGGGCUGGCAGCACAUCCCCGCCCCAUACCGAUGGAGCGGAAAGUGAAGAUUAAAUCCCCAAGGCAUGAUUAAAUCUCAGCCUCCAAGGUAGUGUCCCCAGCCCAGAAAGUCCAUGCCAGGCUUCUAGGGGUAGCCUAAGGCCGCUCGCCUCCAGUCCACCGAGCAGUGUUGCGUCAGGGUCUGCCCGCUCUCCUCCUUCUCAAUUUUCUCCUGGUGUUUAACAACCCCAGGAAGUGAUGCAGGGUAACAUUCGGCAGGUGAUGGGCACUAAUCCUCGUGCUGUCAGGAAGUGCGGCUCAACCAGGCGGGGUUGCUCUGCACAGCGCACCCCUCAUGGGAUCAGCCCUACCUUCGAGCAGCCCAGUCUGAUGGAGGGCACAGUCUCUGGCAAAGCGGCAUUUAGUGAGUACCCAUUGUGCGUACCGGGCAUUGCAGCGAGUAUUCAGGGCACCAGGGGUAGGCCUGUCCCUGCCGCAGACAAGCCACGUGCUGUGAGGAGGCUGGACGUACUGCCACCUGGAAGUCGCUUACCUGCAUUCCUAGCACAUCCCAGUCACUCCAGCACAUCCACCUUUCAGAGCUGCCAUUCAUCCUCGCCCUCCCUCCCCUCCGCUUCUCCUUCUGCCUCUCUUAGUACUGGGGAUUAAACUCAGGGACACUCUCAUA